GUGGAAUUAUGCUCUGAUCACAGCAGAUUGCAGAGAACAGCUGUCCUCCAUUUCUGAAUGGAAAAAAAAAACACCUGAAACUCAGUCUAAACAAACUCUUUCCAGUGCCUCAUAUUUUGUCUCCUGAUACCCACGGAUGGGAAACCGAAGCAGCAGAAAUCUCACUGCUUGUAUGAGAAGUGAUCUGCUCAUACGAGCCCUCGACAACCUGUCUCAGGAAGAGUUCAAAAGAUUUAAAGACAAAUUAUCACACUCUGACUUUGAGGGGAAAGGUAACAUCCCUCGAGGUCAGCUGGAGAAUGCUGAUAGGAUAGACACGAAGAACCUCCUGAUGCAAUUCUAUGGUGAAAUUGCUGCGGUAGAAGUAACCACAGAUGUUUUCACUCAGAUCAACCUCAGAGACGCUGCUGCUAAACUCAGAGAAGAGAGAGAGAAAGCUUUGGGUCCUCGGCAAACAUCUGAAAGAUCAGUAAAUGCUUACAGCAUGAAGUAUAGAGAACAUAUAAAAAAUGAAUACAGCGCAAUAAAAGAAAUGAACGCUCGUCUUGGUGAGAAUGUGAAACUAAACAGCAGAUACACAAAGCUGAUCAUUACAAAUGAACAUCGUCAUGAAAAGCAGAGAGAACAUGAAAUAAUGGCCCUGGGACGGAGACAUGCAGAGAUCAUGACUGAGCACGCUACUCCUAUCACCAUAGGCGAUUUAUUUGAAUCUGAUGGAAAGGAACAAUCACCACAAAUUGUCGUGCUGCAGGGAGCUGCAGGGAUUGGAAAAACACUGACAGCAAAAAAGAUCAUGUUGGACUGGGCAAAUGAAGAACUGUAUCAGAGCAGGUUUGAUUAUGUUUUCUACAUAAAUUGUCGGGAAAUUAACUUUGACAGAGAGCAGAGAAGUGUGGAAGAUUUGAUUUUAGGAAAUUGUCCUGAUCAUAAUGCACCAACUAAAGAGAUUCUGAUGACUCCAGAAAAACUCCUGUUCAUAAUUGAUGGUUUUGAUGAACUGAGAUUUUCCUUUAAUCAACCAACAAGUAAUCUGUGCUCUGAUCCCUGUGAGAAGCAGCCAGUGGAAAUCAUACUGAGCAGUUUAUUUAGGAAAAAAGUGCUUCUCAAAUCUUACUUACUAAUUACUACAAGACCAAUUGCCCUGGAGAAACUUGGGCGGUGUUUGAAAGAUGAACGUUAUGCAGAGAUCCUGGGGUUUUCUGAAAAUGAGAGAAAAGAAUAUUUUUACAAGUUCUUUGAGAAGGAAGAACAAGCAAGCAAAGCCUUUAACUUUGUAAGAGACAACGAAAUGCUGUUCACCAUGUGCUUUGUCCCCAUUGCCUGUUGGAUCAUCUGCACGGUUCUGAAACAGCAGCUGGAAGCAGGUGAAGAUCUUGCACAAACUUCCACUACAAUCACUGGAGUCUACAUGCUCUAUCUCUUCAGUUUAUUAGAGGGUCACAGCAGCAAUUCAAAGCAAAAGGUACAAGGUAACUUGAAUGAACUUUGCUCCUUGGCUGCAGAUGGAAUCUGGAGGAAGAAUAUACUGUUCGAGGAAGAAGAUGUCAAGAAACAUGGUUUAGAUAAACCUGAUUCCCUCUUUCUGAAUGAGAACAUGUUUCAAAAAGGCAUUGGCUGCGAACGUGUUUACAGCUUCAUUCACUUGAGUUUUCAAGAGUUUUUUGCAGCUUUGUUUUAUGUGUUGGAGAAAGAAGAACCUGUGAAAAAGUCAGCAACUGCUAUACAACCUGUGGAAAAAUUGUUUGAAAAAUGUGGAAAAUCUAGGAAUUAUUUAAUGUUAACAGUGCGAUUCCUGUUUGGUCUCUUAAAUAAAAAGAGAAUGGAGGAGAUGGAGAAAAAUCUUAGCUGCAAAUUUUCACCCAAAGUUAAAAAUAAUUUACUAACAUGGGUUAAAGAGAAACCCUUUUUGUUGUUGUUCAACUAUGAUAAAUUGCCUUCUGAUAAGGAGUCAAUGUUUUUCUAUCUGGAUUAUUUUUACUGUUUGUAUGAAAUUGAAGAAACUGAAUUUGUGCAGAGUGCAAUGAAUCAUUUCACGGAGCUAAAAUUAACUAAUCAUACCUUUACCAAAAUGGAUCAAAUUGUUCUUCAAUUCUGUAUAAAGAAUUGCUGUAAACUGGCGUCAGUUUGUCUAGAGAACUGUACUUUUCUAACUGAAGACCUGAAUGAAGAUUCCCCAGGACCACGCGAGUGGCCACAUCGGGCACAACAUCAGGAUGAGUUGCAUCAUUCAUCUAUUUACCUGCUCUGUCAAGCACUGAAGGCUUCAAACUGUAAUUUAAAGAAACUAAGCUUGGGGAGUUGUGGUCUCACAGCCGCUGGCUUUGGGGAUCUCGCCACUGUUCUCAGCACCAGCCAGAGCCUGACAGAGCUGGACCUGGGUGCUAAUAAUCCGGGAGAUGCUGGAGUGCGGCGGCUGUGCGAGGGACUGAAACAGCUGAACUGCAAACUGCAGAGUCUGCGCUUCUUUAGUGGUCAUCUCCCAGGUGCUUGCGGUGAGGAUCUCGCUGAUGUUCUCAGAGCCAACGAGAGCCUGACAGAUCUGAACCUGGGUUAUAAUUAUCUGGGAGAUGCCGGCGUGCAACGUCUGUGUAAGGGACUGACACACCCGAACUGCAAACUGCAGAGACUGGGAUUGCAGGGUUGUCAUCUCACAGACGCUGGCUGCGCGGAUCUCGCCGCUGUUCUCAGAACCAACCAGAGCCUGACAAAGCUGGAGCUGAGUGAUAAUGAACUGGGAGAUGCCGGCGUGCAGCUGCUGUGUGAGGGACUGAAACAAAACUGCAAAUUACAGAGUUUGUCGUUGUGGAAGUGCGGUGUCACAGCCGCUGGCUGUGGGGAUCUCGCUGCUGUUCUCCGAGCCAGCCAGAGCCUGACAGAGCUGCAGCUGGGUGAGAAUAAUCUGGGAGAUGCUGGAGUGCGGCUGCUGUGUGAGGGACUGAAAUACCCAAACUGCAAACUGCAGAGACUGCGCUUGAAGAAAGAGUAUUUAACUGAAGAUAUGAGGGCAGAGCUGGAUGCUGUGAAAGACACAAAACCUGAUCUGGUUAUACAGAUACUGGAUUGGUGAGUGGGAGCCACUGCACCAAUGCAGCUCUGACCUGGCUGCCCUGCCACUAGCUGCGGGAGCAGCUGGAGAACACCUGCCCCUAUUGAAAUUGCCAUCCCCAGGGACUCCAGCAGCAAAUGUCAACAUCUGUGGCAGGGGGCUGGGUAGAGAUUGUGAGGGCCAACCCUCCUGCAUGAAGGCAGGAGGCUUAGGAGUAGGAGCUGGGUUUGCUCUAUUCUCACUGUGCAGUGAGGUAGCUGUUUUCAGGGAAAAGUGGGGGCGGGGGGCAGGAGGGAGAAAGGGGAUCAGGGCCUAGGGGAGGUAGAGAUGCGGGAUUAUGAGAUGGAGGGGUCUGGAAACCUCCCCUUUUCAGUCUGUCAGUGCAGGGGGGAGACUCAAGAACUAUCCUUGGGUCCGAAGGGGAACUGUCCUUCUCUUACAAUGGUUCAUACUAUUACGUGUAUAUUUACAAGGGGGUUGUAAUUUUACACAACUCCACAGCUAUUAAGUCAGCAUUUUUCUGUAUCCAUCUCUAACAGAGGCUUAUCCUGGAUGUAUAUUUGUGUCAGUUUUGCUGGAGUUCAAUAAAGAUCAUGUAUCAAGAAA